AUGAUCCCGGUGUUUAAGGUUGAGGACGGCUUCCUCAAGUUUGAAGUGGAUACACACACGGAGGAAGAAAACGCAUCUUUCUUGCCAUCACCAUGCAUACUGCAAGCAACUGAAAAUAAAUUUCCAUUGGGCGGAAAAUUGCCACAGGAAUGCGAGAGGCAGCCUCAGAGGCGAGCGCGUCAGCCUCAGAGGCGAGAGCGUCAGCCUCAGAGGCGAGCGCGUCAGCCUCAGAGGCGAGCGCGUCAGCCUCAGAGGCGAGCGCGUCAGCCUCAGAGGCGAGCGCGUCAGCCUCAGAGGCGAGCGCGUCAGCCUCAGAGGCGAGCGCGUCAGCCUCAGAGGCGAGCGCGUCAGCCUCAGAGGCGAGCGCGUCAGCCUCAGAGGCGAGCGCGUCAGCCUCAGAGGCGAGCGCGUCAGCCUCAGAGGCGAGCGCGUCAGCCUCAGAGGCGAGCGCGUCAGCCUCAGAGGCGAGCGCGUCAGCCUCAGAGGCGAGAGCGUCAGCCUCAGAGGCGAGCGCGUCAGCCUCAGAGGCGAGAGCGUCAGCCUCAGAGGCGAGAGCGUCAGCCUCAGAGGCGAGAGCGUCAGCCUCAGAGGCGAGAGCGUCAGCCUCAGAGGCGAGAGCGUCAGCCUCAGAGGCGAGAGCGUCAGCCUCAGAGGCGAGAGCGUCAGCCUCAGAGGCGAGAGCGUCAGCCUCAGAGGCGAGAGCGUCAGCCUCAGAGGCGAGAGCGUCAGCCUCAGAGGCGAGAGCGUCAGCCUCAGAGGCGAGAGCGUCAGCCUCAGAGGCGAGAGCGUCUGGCUCAGCGGCGAGAGCGUCAGCCUCAGAGGCGAGAGCGUCAGCCUCAGAGGCGAGAGCGUCAGCCUCAGAGGCGAGAGCGUCAGCUUACUGAUGCUGAAGGUAAACUAGGGACUGAACGCAUAUAA